AUGACCGAAGCCCCUAAAGGAGAGACUAUAGACCGCAACAGCAGCCAAAACAGCAAGCCCAAGAAGAAGCCCAAGAAGCCCCAAAAUCGCAAAGAGGCACGGGCCAUUCAAUUGCAGCAAAAGGUACAAGAAGAACAGCAACGAAAGAACCCAAAUGGUGAAGUCAUACCCAACAAUAAAAAGCAGCAAGAAGAGCAAUGGUUGGAUCCCUGUGUGGAGACAGUUGGACAAUGCAUUUGCUGCUGUGGAUUGUGUGAGGAGGACUCUAAAUGUGGUCAACGUUGCGAGGCUGUUUGCCUUCCCUGCCUUCCCUGCCUUUACUGCCUUGCCUGCUGUUGUGGUGGAACUUCGAAAUACGCUUCAUAG